AUGGCUAACAACGUGACGGUUACCAAAGAGGUUACUAGGCGCACCUUCACCUGCAGUUUCUUCCGUGAGGAUAUAACGCCUCUGAUUCGUUUGAGCACUUCAGUUACUGGGCAAAACUUGGAUGAGUUCAGGAAAACAUACGGUCAUAUCCUACACAUGUUAACUUCUCGGGUUGAUGAAUGGGCUCUCUACACACUUCUUCAGUUCUACGAUCCUGAGUUACGAUGUUUCACCUUCCCUGAUUACCAACUGGCACCCACCCUUGAAGAAUAUGCUGAUAUCCUCAAGAUUAAGGUUCAACACAGGAUUCCUUUUCCUAAUGGUGGAACCCACGGAUUCUAUGUUAAGUUUCUGAUGAGGAAAGCUGAUGCCCUUGUUAUUGAGAAGAAAUGGAAAGAAUUCAAUGCUCUCUUAGCUGUUAUGACCUAUGGCUUGGUGUUGUUCCCGAAUAUCCCGAAUUUCGUCGAUCUUACUGCCAUUUGCCUCUUUAUGGAUCAAAACCCUGUGCCUACUCUCUUGGCAGAUACUUAUUAUGCUGUUCAUUCCAGGUAUGGGACGAAGGGAGCCGUUGGAGGCUGUUUGCCGUUGUUAUACGAGUGGUUCACUUCACACUUGCCUAAAAGUGGACCGUUUGUCACAACAAAAGACUCACAGAAAUGGCCUCAAAGGAUCAUGGGGCUUACGGCAAACGACAUCGUUUGGUAUCACCUUGGGAAAGGGAUAGAGGAAGUUAUUACUAGAUGUGGUAGUUUUAACAACGUCCCCCUCAUAGGAACGAAGGGAGUUAUCAAUUACAAUCCAAGGCUAGCGCUGCGUCAGUUGGGUUUUGCACUGAAGGACAAGCCAUUGGACAAGGAAAUAUUUGAAUCUGUUUGCUUUAAGAAAGGGGCCGAUCCAGAGGGUCUAGAAAAAGUGAGGAGCGCCUGGAAUAGUAUUCAUACAGAUGACCGAACUUCCUUGGGAGGGAAGAAUGCCAUUGCUAAACAAGCCUACACUGAUUGGGUAAAAGAUAGAGUCAAGAAGCGCCUAUUGCCUUUCCCGAAGGUUAAACCAUUGUAUGAACAACCACCUGAAGUUUUAACUGCCACCGUGCCAGCUGAGGACUAUACCCAGGUACAUGUGGAAAACAUCCGGUUGCGUGAGAAAAGGGAAGAUGCUAAGAUAGAGUACUUCUUGGUGAAUCAGAAAAGGGCUGAAUUAGCACAUGAGAUCAUAAAAAAGGCCAUAAAAGAGGCAGAAGAGAAGCUCAAGCAAAAGUACAGAGAAGACUUGAAGGCCUGCAAGCUCCAGUUAGAAAAAGAGACUAAAUAUCAGCUGAAGACUAUGAAAAAGAAACUGGAAGAUGAGAUUACUCAGAGAAUAGCAGUCGAGACACAGCUGAAGGGAAGUCACCUCCGCUCCGCUCGACUAACAGAAGAGAAUGUCAAGCUCAGAGAUCAAAUGGAAAGUAUGGAGAAUGCACCUGAGAAAGAUUAUCUCCCAGAAUGUAAUGAUGAAUACAAUGUGGAAGGAGCAGGGGAUGGUGUUUGUUAUGGUAACAGCUGUGAGUGA